AUGGCAGAGUUCUCGUUGAACAUCCAGAAACACGUGAAAGCGGGCCUCGUCGUGAGUGGGAAAUUCGACGGGUCGCACGCGUGCCUCGCGGCCGCCACGCCCGGCGGCACCAUUUUGGUGCACAGCCCGCACAGGCAGCCGCAGAACGUCAACUUCACCGAUGACAAACAGCCCAACAAGAGAUUAUCGUGGAGCGGGGAACUGGCGGAGCUUCAAAUCGGCACCGAGGUGAAGUCUCUGUGCACCGGUCGCCUCGGGGAAGACGAGAGGGAGAUUCUCCUGGUCGGGACCAUUACUCACGUACUCGCUUACCACGUCGAGGACAACGCCGAUGUCUUUUACAAAGAGAUGUCGGACGGCGCUAAUUGCAUGAUCGUCGCGAAAGUCGGCUGGUUGCCGCAUCAGGUUGUCGUGGUGGGCGGCAAUUGUUCGGUGACCGUCCUGGACGCUCGGGGCACGGAAAUAUUUUGGAUGGUGAUGGGCGGCAUCGUCACCUCGCUGGCGGUGUACGAUUUCGACGGGGACGGAGAGAACGAGUUACUGACCGGCACGACGGAUUACGAAAUCAGAGUGCAGAAGGAGGAUGUGAUGCUUUGGGAGACCAAGGAAACGGCGGCGAUCGUCGCUCUGACCGAUCUGCCGAACAGGCAGUUCGCUUACGCGGUUGACAACGGCACCAUCGGCGUCUACGAAGCGGGACAAAGACUGUGGCGAGUCAAGUCGAAGCACAAGGUCGCCUCCAUUGGGACUUUCGACGUAAACGGCGACGGCGUGCCAGAGCUGAUCACCGGCUGGAGUACCGGGAAAGUGGAUGCAAGGACGUACAACACCGGCGAAGUGAUAUUUAAGAUUCAGUUGUCCUCCGGUGUGGCGGGUAUAGUGGAAGCCGAUUAUCGGAGGACCGGCAAACCCGACUUGGUGGUAGCUUCUGUUAACGGUGAAGUACGCGGAUACAGUGCUGGCUCCGCGACGCAGGCUCCAGAGCCUGGUGAGAUAGUGCGCGAAUUGCUGGCGAAGAAGCAGGCGCUCCAAAUGGAACUGCGCCAGAGAUCGGCGGCGGGCUCCAGUUUGUACCACGGGUCCAGAUUGGCGAUCAGCUUGCUGACGAAGAGAGGAGCGGCUCGCGUUGCAUUGGCCGCCGGACCGGGACUUUUGGUUCAUUGCGCCAUAGUGUUCGCCGAGGGUGUCUUCGAGGGUGAAACCCUGGUGACGCAUCCCACCCACCCUCAGGGCGAACUGGAGAUCGCGCUCUACCCGGCUAAAAACGAUCCUGUGGAUAUCCACGUGAAGGUGUACGUGGGACCCUACGGCGCCGAUUUGAUGCAGGUGUUCGAGGUGACGCGGCAAUUGCCGAGAUUCUGCAUGUACGAGCUGGUGCCGAGGCCGCAACAGAUCCCGGAGGGAUUGUUGAGUAACGGCGUCGUGGCGGACGUCGCCGAGAGGCCGCAGCGUAUCGCCAUCUGGCUGAACCAGAGUCUCAUCUUGGGCGAAGAGCUGGAGGUCGCGGAGAGCGGCCCGAAGGCCGGCUGCAUCGAGGUGUGGCUGCGCGGCAUGCGGGACGACAAAGUGCACUGCUUCAAGUCGAACGCCAGCGGGAAGGUGACCAUCCAGACGGACGACCCGACCCUCGCCGGCGACGUCAUUCAGUCUCUCGCCAUGUACCUCGGAGUUAGGGAACUGAACUCGGAGGCGACGUUCCCGGCGGAGGAAAGCAGGAUGCUGGACGCGCUGGAACGUGUCAAGGGUUUAAGAGAGGUCGACGCGCGACUUCAAGCGGAAGCCGCGGGCGGCGCGGCACUCCUGAAGAGUAUCGUGAUUCGCUUGGAGGACGCGAGGAUCCUCGAAAACGUGGACGACAUGCGGAGGAGACUGACGCAGUUGAAGAACAUCAACGGCGAUCUGAUCCGCGAACACGAGAUUCGGCUGAACAGCCAUCGGGAACUGGCGGCCAGCUUGAAGGAACUGAAUGUCGGUGUGCAGCGCGCAGCCAGACUCCGAGGUAGAUCCCAAGGAUUUGUGUUUCAGGUCACAGCUUAUGCGAUAUGCUUGCGGAUAUACGAAAUUGCAGCAAGAACAUUUCAUCGAAUGCGGUAUUUUCUGUGUAUAUCCUGAAAGAUCGUAACAUUUUCGACUCGGAGAGGACUUCCGAAUCAACGAUGUCGCAUAGGGCUGAUAUUGUUCUGUUCUUAUAGUCGGGAAAGCCGCUUCCAACACGGUGGCACGUUGCAGAGCGGCGAUACAGGACGAAAACCCGAAGGCCUUGGCGCUGGCGAUAAGAC